AAUAGUGUUGGAGAAUUUGGGCUUUUGGAUUAUGUUGUGCUGUUGUUGGGUUCCCUCUCAAUCUCUGUUGAGCAUCACUGCCGCUUCUUCUUCUUCUUCUCACUCUCCUCUUUCCUCUUUCCCCUCAACUCGGAAACUCAGCUGCAUGGACUCCGCCGGCACAGAUUCCGAUGGCCGUCAAUACCAGACCGCCGGCGAGAUGUGGAGUGAACAGACCGGUGACCCGAACAAGAAAACACAGUGGUACCAUUGCGGUGUCUCCUACUGGGAGGGUGUGAAUGCAACUGUGGAUGGUGUGUUGGGAGGGUAUGCAAAUGUGAAUGAACCUGAUAUAAGUUGCAGUGAGGAUUUCUUGAAGAUUCUCUUAGCUGAACGCUUUCCUGGUGAUGUCAGAAACCAACCACUUGUUGCUCUUGAUUGUGGUUCUGGCAUUGGCAGGGUCACCAAAAAUCUAUUAAUAAGAUACUUCAAUGAGGUUGAUCUUCUUGAGCCAGUAUCACAUUUCUUAGAGGCUGCACGUGAAACUUCGGCUCCUGGAUAUUCAGAUAUGCACAAAGCAGUUAAUUUUUAUUGUGUGCCUCUUCAGGAUUUUACACCAGAUACCGGAAGAUAUGAUGUAAUAUGGGUUCAAUGGUGCAUUGGUCAUCUUACAGAUGAUGAUUUUAUUUCAUUUUUCAAUAGGGCAAAGGUUGGCCUCAAACCAGGUGGAUUGUUUGUCCUGAAGGAGAAUAUUGCCAGAUCUGGUUUUGUGCUUGAUAAUGAAGACCGAAGCGUUACAAGAUCUGAUUCAUACUUCAAAGAACUCUUUUCUCGAUGUGGAUUGCAUGUUUACAAAUCAAAGGAUCAGAAAGGAUUCCCUGAGGAAUUAUUCGCUGUGAAGAUUUAUGCAUUAACUACAGAGGCUCCAAAGACGGUUCACCGCACGAGAUCUAAAACACAUGCUAAUAGACCCAGGACCAUCAAGUAAUCAGUUUGUUUGUAGGUUUGAAUGUUUCUCAGAAUUCCCCCUUUUUUAAUUUCUUGUUGUAAUUUAGUCUUAGAGUAGGUGUUAAUUUGUUGAAAUCAUCAUUUCGCUAAGCCAUUCAUCGGCUUGUAUGUGAAAUGCAAUUUUUGGUUCUCUAGAGAUUUAUCCAAAUGGGAUUUUGAGUGUUGCUAUGACGGAAGUGGUUCAAACUUAGAUACCA